AUGUAUAGAAGCAGCCAACAGCCAACAGCCAACAGCACGAACCCUCCAGAAGCCAGACUGUCCUCGGGGGCUGAAAAGAGUUCGCCCCAAAUCGUCCAUCUCGUCCUAUCUUUGGCCUGUGGUUCGGGGGCCCGGGUCGAUCCAGUAGUUAGCAUAUCCAUGACAGGGUCAAAAAGCAAAGCCAGCCUUUGUUUCCUCCCUCGUCGUAUAUCGUAUCCAAUGCAACAGAUAACUCGCAAGGCCAUGCCCUCCAUCAUGACCCCCCAGCCGCACCGCUCGUCUGGGACGCCCAAGACGGCCUCCGCUGGCCACCGGGAAGGCUUCCCCUGGCCGCUGCAGGAGAUACGGAUCAGCUCUUCGGUGCAGAAUCAAUAUCCAAAGGGAGGCUGCGAGGCUGGAAACCACCCCCCACCCCCCCUUGCAGGCGGCGGCAGCGAGAGAAGACGAAGACGAGCCAGGGAGCUUCGAGAGCAGGGAGCCGUCAGCCAGCAUUGUCCUAUCGGUAUAAAAGAGCCGUCAGUAGCUGUUUCUCAGGCAGAUAUAGUUAUAAAACAUAGUCGACGUACGCGGUGA